AUGUCUGUCGAGAACAUGCAGCCAAAAGUUCCUAUCCGGCACCCGCUGUUCGCCGAGCCGUCGUACCUGACUUUAUGGCAGGUGUGCCCAGACUUGAUGCACUCCAAGCAUCUUGGCGUUGAUCAGUAUGUAGCUGGCUCCGUCUUGGCUCUGCUAACGUGCGGUGGACUGCCCGCGCAGUUCCAGGCCGCCUGCGACUCAGUGCUCGAAGACAUCAAAGCUGCCUGCUCGCGCCACGGCGCGCGCAGUCUUGCGUCCUUGAAGCCUUCUAUGUUUUUGUCCGACGUCAAACAGCCCUGGGCCCACUACCCACGGCUGAAGGCGAGAGCAGCCGAAACCAAGCACCUCAUGCCCGCCCUCCGCGAUGACACGAAGAUCAACAGCAACAUCGCCCGCCUAGACAUGUCCUGCCGAAUCGACUCCAUCAUCGACGCGUGCCCGCGCUUUGCUCUACCUACUGAUGCGUCCGCCGAGUUGCUGGAAGAGGGGCGCUUUCUCUUCAACGUCACCUUCAAGCCGCACUGGCUGCUCCACAGCCUCCUUAUAGCCAAGCACGCGUCCCCCAGACCGAACCUCAGCCGGCUGCGCCUCGCGC